CUCAUGGCUCGUAGAACGACUCUUCGCUGUGUCGACAACACUCACAUCUAAUGGACUGCAAAUGGACUACCUAUUGGCUGUUGUUGACCCAAGGUUGACUGAACAGGUCUAUCCGACUUCAUGGACUGAAGACUAUUGGCCGCGACAGCUGUUGACUCUGUUUACAUUGACGUUGCUGUUCGCGUUUGUAAUGUAUUUCAGUGUGGCAGCUGUGUGUUAUGUGCUCCUGUACAACCGGUGUUCCUCACUACAUCCGCUCUUCAAGCCAAGGCAGAUAGUUUCCGAGAUCCGGCGGACACUGUCAACGAUGCCGUUCAUAGUGUUUGCAACAUCAAUACUAUUCCUUGUGGAGGUGCGCGGGUACAGCCGACUGCACGAUGGACACUUCUGGAGGCUGUGGACGCUAGUCGAAGCAGCUACCUACGUCUUCUUCACCGAUAUGGCUAUCUACUUUCUCCACCGGCUUCUGCACACUCCCAGACUCUACGCACACUUUCACAAGCCCCAUCACGUGUGGAAAGUGCCCACACCGUUUUCCGGGCAAGCGACAACGGCCAUCGACAGUGUGCUGUUGAGCAGUCCAUACCAUAUCUUCGUUUUCCUGGUCCCACUCAACAAGAUCCUGUACCUGAUAAUGUUUUCGAUGAUCAACGUUUGGACGAUUGCUAUCCACAGCGGUGGGUACAAUGUUCCGCAAUACCUGCAUCACCACGUCAUGGACUCGCAACACCAUGACAUUCACCAUCGCCUCACUAACUACAACUAUGGUCAGUAUUUCACACUCUGGGAUCAUAUCGGCGGCACCUAUCUGGGAUCGUCCAGUGGAAUAAGCCGCGUCAUCACGAGCAGCCCACCUACCAGCGAACUGUGUAUCCGACGUAAAUCAGGCGGCGAGUUCAAAGACUAUUACGAGACCUUGCGACAAGAACACGAAAAGAAAAUGUCCGCCCGACAACAGGACUAUGAGAGGCAAAUGGCACAGCGGCAGAUGGAUCACGAGAAGGAAAAACUAGAUCGCCUGGAGGACUCCAAGAAGGAUUCGAUAGGGUCGCACGGAAAGAAAAUGUCCGCCCGACAACAGGACUAUGAGAGGAAAAUUUCUCAGCGGCAGACGGACCACGAGAGGGAAAAACUAGAUCGCCGGGAAGACUCCAAGAAGAAUUCUAUAGGGUCACGCUUGCAACGAGAGUUUGCCUCUGACAGGAUGGAGCGGCUGAGAGGACGGUACCGGCGCCUGCACAACAUCGAGAUCCCGGCCAUAAUAAUGGAGAGCGCGAGCAUGGAGAUGCCGUAGCAAACUCACUUCCGCCAGUGCCGUCUACUGCCGUCAACUACGUGUGUGUGUGUGCGCACUGAGCCUAUCGUCAUCUGCUCAUUAUCAAUAAGAGCAGUAUCGGGACACAUGUCCUCCAGCACACCACCGCUAUUGGUCUACAUAACAUUGUGUUAGUUGCACAUGUACUACACGACCUGUCACGGUCUGAUCGGGAUCCACCUAGCCACGGCACGUGAACUUCAAAUCAUAUUGGGUGGACACUAGUGGGCAUGUACAUUGCCAACACGAAGACAAGCAUUAGCAACGACAAACUCCACUGCACAGCAUAUCUAGUGACCACACUCUCUCCUACUACAGCUCAGCUCAGGCGUGUGCACUGCCUACGGUUGUGGGAUGCUCAACUCCCCCCCCCCCCCCCUCCUUUUGACGAGUCAGUGCAUACCACUGAGGCUUGAAGGCAGAUAGUGGAUGAUAGAACAGGCAAAAACUGCUACAGAAUGUGACGUCGUUGUGUGUUAACCGAUGAUGGCCUGGAGAAUUUGGGCCAAGCCAUACUACAAGAAGGUCGCAUGUGAAGGGGAAGAAAAGAAUGAACUGACCACAUAAUUAUGGUGUAUGAUUUACUAUGUUUUCGGCAAUAAUGAUCAUUUCAAGUCACUGUUAUCAGUCAAGGAAAUUAUAAUCACAGUAGCUCUCACCACAUGGUGAUGAGAGGGUUAAUGCAUCUGUCAACAAUUCACAACCAUUGCUGGUUGUACUGAGGCAUACGAUAUAUCACCAAAAUUGUAUCGGGCACAAGCUGUCGCUGUACAAAUAGUUAUUAGUAAUUCGAUGCACAUGCAAACGCACACAUACAUAUUAUAUGACAGUAAUCACUUACUCC